AUGACUGGUACAAACUCUCUCGUGGCAACCACCCGACUGAUGAGCCGCAUGCCUACUACCCACAUGACCAAGAUGGCAGCAGCUUCCACUCAAGCCAGGGGCCUGUCUAGAACACCCCCAGCACAAGGAUUGACACUCCUCCAGGACAAACAGAAUGGCUUCGGCUUUGCGAGAUCGAAUCCGAGACCCGUUAAGCCUCGAAGCAAGGGCGUUACGGAGAUCCGUGGCCCAUACUACUCGGCAAUGGGCAAACGUUAUCUUGCAGAUGUACUCGAAACAAUGGGAAACCAUGUUGACGGGCUGAAGUUUGCUGGAGGUUCCUUUUCUCUGUUCGAGGAGAAACCCCUACGCGAAUUAAUCGACCUUGCCCAUGAACACGAUGUUUACGUCUCUACGGGCGGCUGGGCCGAGCAUCUCCUCACGCACCCCGACGCAGACACGGUGUUUGACCGCUACUUGACCAAAUGCAAGGAUCUGGGCUUCGAUGUUGUCGAACUCUCCUCGGGCUUUCUGUCGAUCCCUGAGGAUGACUGGCUUCGACUCGUUGAUAAAGUGCACUCGUACAAGCUAGAGGCAAAGCCGGAAUUGGGCAUUCAGUUCGGUGCCGGUGGGGACACUCCAGCAUCGGGACUGGAAGCAAUUGGGACUUCGGAUCCAGGGAAGCUGUUGAACUUGGGGCGAAAGUUCCUCGACAACGGAGUGAAGCGGUUGAUGAUCGAGUCGGAGGGAAUCACGGAGAAUGUGAACUCAUGGAGAACAGAUGUGGUCUCGAAGAUCAUGAAGGAGCUGCCUCCUGAGCGUGUCAUGUUUGAAGCUGCAGAUCCCAAGGUAUUCAACUGGUAUGUUCGAGAGUUUGGGAUCGAUGUCAAUGUAUUCGUCGAUCAUAGCCAGAUUGUGCAGUUGACCUGCCUGCGAUCUGGCAUUUGGGGAACUGCGGAUACCUGGGAGUCCGGGGAGAGCAGCAUUCCCGCCCGCUCCGCUCCUCCGCCACGCCGCGCGACGCAGCCCCGCAAGAUUAUCCUCGAGAAGUUCCCUCAGGAUACAAACUUCCCCCGCAUCGAUGACCUACGACACACGGAUUUUUCAGGCGACUCAUUGACCGAACGAGCCUCAGCGGCGCAAGCGGCCAUGCCUCGGGCAAGUACAGCUCCAGGGGCGCGCCUCCGCUGUCGCCGAGCUUGCGAUAGUUGCAAGCGUCGCAAGCAGAAAUGCAACGGCGAACACCCCUGCACGAUUUGUGUUCAACGAAAGAAGGAAUCGGAAUGUCAUUUCUCGGAUCGCCCCGCCCGGCUGCUCAAGCCUGAAGCCAAAGAUUCGACCAUGCUACUCAGCGAACGCAUAAUACCCUCACCGCAACGCGAGACGGCGAUGGAUCGACUGUUGAAUUCCCUUGAGGAUCGAGGAAUGAACUUAGAACACCAGGUCCGUGUCGAGAAGGAAGGGACGGCGCCCGUACCGAAAGUUGCACGCCUUUUACGCGACGGACAAGGCAAAUUCAUGUAUAUUGGCGAUUCGGCCAGUCUGUCGUUCUUGCAAAGUGUUCGUCGGGUGGUAUCUUCAUCAAUUGGUCGAUGUGAAUUUACCGAAGAUAACUCCAGGCAUUCCAUGCUCGAGGCCUUUCAGAAUAACCCAAGCACCCAGCCCAGUGCUCUUGUACAGCCACCUAGCAACGAAGACGCUCAACAACUCGCCCGACAAUUUGUACUCGCUACCAACCCUCUCCUCGAUCUGUUCGACUUGGAAGAAUUCCACCCUCGGUUAGCCAACUGGGUAGGAAACCCGACGGGCGAUGAAGAUACCGUGAGCUCAAUAUUCUACCUCGUCCUCGCCAUUGGAGCGCAAGUUUCAAGUAUACACCAAGAUAGAGCCGAGCAAUUCUUCGGUAGUGGCCGGCAACUGGCAUUUUCGGCUUUCCAGGAAACCCCCAGCAUUCACACCAUUCAGUCCUACAUAUUGGUUUCGAUGUAUAUGCUUGGAGCAUGUAGGCGCAAUGGCGCAUUCAUGAAUCUUGGAAUUGCGCUUCGUGCUGCAUAUGCUGUCGGGAUUCACCGCAAAGAUGCAAACGCGCUGUUUUGCGGACGGGAAAGAAGGGCCAGAGAACGAGUCUGGAAGAGUCUCCGAAUGAUGGACUUAUUCCUCAGUGCCUCUUUAGGGCGUCCUCCAGCGACUUCAGAUUAUGACUACGAUAUCCGUGAUGACGCUGUUGAAUCCGGAGAUUCGCAGCGGAAUUCGACUCCAGAGCAACAACUCUCAGUUGCAGUCAUUUCGCUUUGUCGCAUUUUCGAGCGGAUCCUAACAGACGUCUAUAUGAAGCAAGUCAUCUCCAUUAGCGUUGCUGAAUCGAUUUCAAACCAACACCGCGCGUGGGUGCGCACUCUGCCCGACGUUCUCAAGAUGCAAACCGAACGACUCGAUCACAAAAGCAUGGAAGAAAGCUUGGCGGGGGCGCACGUUUUCGGGUCUUAUUACUGGUCCAUCAUUCUCCUGACACGGCCGUUUCUCGUCUACCGCGUGGCACAAUACGUGAAGAACAAAUCCGAUCCGUCCUCAUCAUCCGAUUCAAAGAACGGCAGCUCCCGCAUCUCCUUAUUCUCAGAUGCCUGCGUCUAUUCCGCUCUACGCGGCCUCGAUGUCAUAGAGGAUCUCGGCCGAUUCUCCUCCCUCCCAAAACGCCUCCCAUUCUUGAUUAACUCGGUAUUCAAUUCGGCCGUCGUUCUGGGUGCCGCGUUUUUCGCAGAUUACGAUAACCUACUACCCCUGGAAGAAGGCAUGGGCAAGGCAGAGCGGUUCCUAGGAGUCUUUGUCCCGCAUGACCCUCACGCAUGCCGCUUCUAUCAAAUCGUCAAAUAUCUCCGCUCUGCCGUCGCGGAGUAUAUCCAACGACGCAACCGGCAAUGGAUGGAUCAUCGAAGCAAACAAGUCGAUCAGCUCUUCGGCCAAGUAAACAGCACCGACCCGGGCUCUGCUCGUGAUAUUCCCACGUCCAACCGUCUUUCUGAACCCCAUCGUUCAUCCGCCGCCCCAUCUCCUUCCUCGUCUAAUAAACCCGCUGUCAGUGACGAAAUGUGGGACGCACUUUACAACGGGGCAGACCCAUCGGCUUUAUCGUACGACGCUGCCAUCUCUGCCCUCACGACGUCGGGAAUUCCCGUUGGCUGUUCGCCCGGCGGUACCGUCCCUACCGGUCAGCUUCCGGCCUCCGGUCCCUCGCCUCUCUCAGAUGUCAUGUUCCCUGAGAGCGGCUUGCUAUACAUGGCUGAGGACCUCCCGGUGUUUGGGAUCUGGGAUGAUUCCUGA